GGCGGGCGGCAGAAGAUGGCGAGGGUGUGUAGGCGGCAGCAAUGCUCCGUUGAGAGACGCGGCUUUCGGCAAGAACUGGACUCGUGGCGCCACAAGCUCAUUCACUGUGUCCCGUUUCCCUCUGUGCGGCGGCCGGCGGGACCAUAAGGGCUUAACUCAUAUAUUUAACCCCCCUCCAAAAAGGUUUGAAAGUAUUCUUGAAGGGCUGUUUGGACCUGCAUUAUUAAAAGAUCUCAGUUUUUUUAAAGAGUGUGAACCUGAAAGCAUUUCUGAUUGGAGUUUUGAUGAAAAUUGUCUGUUCUGUUGCUUGAGAAGAGAUAAAGUAAAGGGACACUUAGUUGGUCUGGAUGAACCAGCUUUGGGAGCUGGGCAAGAAGCUUUGCUUAAACAAGAGCACACACAAAUCAUUCGGUUCGAGAAGCAAGCAGAAGAGUUCCUCAAUGCAGUCUUCUACAGAAAAGACAGUCCCUGGGUCUCCGACCCCAAUAUUCCCCUAGUGGCCCGUGAGAUCAUGCAGCGAAUGAUCCAACAAUUUGCUGCUGAAUAUACCUCAAAAAAUAGCUCUACUCAGGACCCCAGCCAGCCCAAUAGCACAAAGAACCAAAGCCUGCCGAAAGCAUCUCCAGUCACCACCUCUCCCACGGCUGCAACUACUCAGAACCCUGUGCUCAGCAAACUUCUCAUGGCUGACCAAGACUCACCUCUGGACCUUACUGUCAGAAAGUCUCAGUCAGAACCUAGCGAACAAGACGGUGUACUUGAUUUAUCCACUAAGAAGAGUCCAUGUGCCAGCAGCACUUCCCUGAGCCAUUCUCCAGGCUGCUCCAAUACUCAAGGGAACGGUGAGAACUCAUCCGAGGCACAAGCAGUAGACUCUAACAACCAGUCAAAGUCCCCGCUGGAGAAGUUUAUGGUCAAACUGUGCACUCAUCAUCAGAAGCAAUUCAUUCGUGUCCUGAGUGACCUGUACACUGAAUCUCAGCCAGGUACUGAGGAUCUGCAGCCUUUGGAUUCUGUAGUGAUGGAUGCCACCACUUGCAGUGCUGACUGUGCCCAGCUAAGCAGCAGACAGAAUAAGGAGAAGAGUGCUGUAUGUUCUGAUAGGAAGUCUCCUACUUCUACAGGUUUGUUCCUAGACUCAUCGAGCUCUCACGGCUCUCUGCAAAUGACUGAACAGACCCUGGAGGAACCACCUCCCGAGACAGACUCUGUAGCAGGAAAAGAGAAUGCGCUGGCCAUUGGCCUGAGAGAUUCCUCUGAACUUCCAGCCACUCAACCUAAUUCUGGCAUUUCCACAGACAGUUCCACUGUGGUAUGCCUCACUGCAUCAAAUUCUUCCUCACUGAACUCCCACCACAGUUCUAAAAGCUUUGAGGGGCAAACAAGUGGGCAGGAACAAGACAAAAAUGUGAAAGCAUAUGAUGAUGAUAAAAACCAUGUGCAGAGUUCAGCCUUACCCGACACUCUUUCUGCAGUGAAAGUAGCCAAGAAUCCUGAAGAGAGUAAUACCUGUACUGUUUCUCAAAGAAAUUCAUUCAGAGCUUUAUCAGAAGAGACAUGGGACUCAGGGUUUACGGGGAACUCACCUAGAACUGCUGACAAAGAGAAUGCUUUACAGUGUAGCUCAAAAACAUCUUCGCACCAGGAUAUAGAUGCAAAUGAACAAGAUGCCAGGCCAAAGCAGGAGAACCAUCUUUACUCACUAGGCAGAAAUAAAGUGGGUUACCAUUCACACCCCAGUGACAAGGGCCAGUUUGAUCAUUCCAAAGAUGGUUGGUUAGCCCCCAGCCCUGUGCCAGCUGUACAGAAAGCAUCUAAUGGACACUCACGAACCAAGAUGACGUCAAACUCCAUCAAGACCGCUCGGAAAAGUAAGAGAGCAUCAGGGUUGAGGAUAAACGAUUAUGAUAAUCAGUGUGAUGUUGUUUAUAUUAGCCAGCCAAUAACGGAAUGCCACUUUGAGAAUCAGAGAUCCAUAUUGUCUUCUCGGAAAACAGCCAGAAAGAGUACUCGAGGGUACUUUUUCAAUGGUGAUUGUUGUGAGCUGCCAACUGUUCGCACACUGGCUAGAAAUUUACACUCCCAGGACAAAGGGAGCUGCUCAUCACCAGCAUUAGAGGCAGUAGUGACCCCCAGACAGACCCUUACGUUUUCAUCCCCGAGGCUUACAUUAGAUGUGCAGCUUCCUGAGGAGGACAGGCCUGAAGAACCUAGGAAGGACAGAACCUCUAUUGAGGAGGGAGGUAGAGACAGUUCAUCACCUUUAAAAGAGCAUCAAGAGCCAGAGGUUUGCCCCUCCAUGAGUGAACCAGAUCCUAGCAGCUCCCCUAGGCCAAGUGAGACUACAGGUUCUAGCCUAAUGUGUCCUCUGCCUAUGGCCCUCCCUGAUGAGAAUGUGCUGGACAUGCCAGAAGACAGCACUGUGGUCUCAAUUCCCACAGCAAGUGCACUGUCCUCCUCUGAGCAAGACAAGCCGCCAGCUACCCUGCUGGGUGCAGAGGAGGUGCAUGCACUCCAGGACUGCCACCUGGUUCCCACAGCUGAGAGCAUUUCUGGAGAAGCCAGUAAAGACCUCCUAGCUAGGCCUCCAUCUUCUCUUGAAAUAGUUGCCAGAGAAGAAAGUUCUCUGUUCUCAGAAAAUGAAAGCCCCCCCGUGGGCUUGGAUCCUCCCCUGAGUCCAGAACAGACUGAACAUGAGCAGAGCAUCUGUACUGAGGCUGAUGCUGAAAACAUUUCUGUGGAGACACUGGAGCUGGCCACUGCUCAACCCAUGCAGGACAGCAGCACCCUCCCUGGGGAGAACCCCAGUGAGGGGGAGGGGCUCGAGGCUGCAUUCUGUGGAGAACAACCCGAGGAAGGAGACACUGACAUCAAAUGCUCUUUAGAAAAUGACCUGUGUGAGCCGAACAGUGACUCACCCGAAGAGAUUGUGGACAAGAAGAAGAAAAGUAAAAAGUUCCCUGAGGCCUCCGACAGGUGCCUAAGAAGUCAGCUUUCAGAUUCCUCCUCUGCCGAUAGGUGCUUGGAUUCCUCCACUGUUUGCCCUGAAAUCAAGGUUUCUAAAAAUCCUGGUGCAAAACAUUCUAAAAGAGAAGAUCACACUAAUGGGACAACCCCUGAGGGCUCCCCAGUUGGCAGUAUCCAUACAGAAGCUCUGGAGGACAUUGACAUGCCCUGCAUUAGUGGACGAUCCUCUGAGGAGGAUGCUGAACUGGAGGCUGAAGAAAGUGGGGUCACCACACGGCAGACUUUUAAAAACAUGCUGGCAAAAGAAGUCAAGAGGGAAGAAGGGGAGAUUUUCUCCAGCAGUGAUCCCACAGUCCCGGUUGGCCAGCCACUACCUGGAGAGCAACUAGAAAUUUAUGUCCAGUCAAAGGUGGAAGAGAAAGACACACAUGUUCCCUCAGAAAGCAUUUCUUACGAGAGAGAUCCAGAGGAGUCAAAGGAGAGGCAAGGACACAUUCCCACACAGGAUGUAGAGGCAGUUGUAAAUGAGGUAGAUGGUGGAAACACGCACUGGAAAGAUGAUGCCAGCCUUGCUCCAUCUAGCACAGCUGGGGUGUCAGGUAGUCAGAGUGCUGAUGCUACUGGGCCACCAAAAUUGGUAGCAAGGCCUAAAAGAUUGCCCUCUUCAACCUACAACCUGAGACAUGCUCACUGCGUAGAUGUCUUGCAGACUACCAAAGCUGCUUCAGAAAAGGAGGUCUCCCAAGUCAGCCUGGCACCAAAGGGAAAGGCAGCCUCAGAGGACACAGACCCCUUAGAUGAGGAAGAUGAAGACAUGAGCAUCGAGGAGCGGCCCAGGUUCGUGGAGUGGUGUGCCGAGGAGGAGAACCAGGAGCUCAUCGCCACCUUCAAUGCCCAGUACCUGAAGGUUCAGAAGGGCUGGAUCCAGCUGGAGAAAGAAGCACAGCCGGCAGCAAGAGCAAGGAGCAAGUCAGACAAGCUGAAGGAGAUUUGGAAGAGCAAGAGGAGGUCACGGAAAUGCAGGGGCUCGUUGGAAGGCCAGAAGUUUUCUCCUGUUCAGAUGCUGUUUAUGACAAGCUUUAAAUUAUCUAAUGUCUGUAAAUGGUUCUUAGAGACAACAGAAACCCGGUCUCUGGUCAUCGUGAAGAAGCUCAACACUCGACUUCCAGGAGACGUUCCCCCUGUCAAGCACCCUCUUCAGAAGUACUCUCCUUCCAGCCUGUACCCCAGUUCAUUGCAGGCGGAACGCUUGAAAAAACACCUAAAGAAAUUUCCUGGAGCUAUGCCUGCUAGGAAUAAUUGGAAAACACAGAAGCUCUGGUCUAAGCUGCGAGAGAAUCCUGAUCGAAUGGAGUCAGAGUCCAGCAGUGAUGCCAACCUAGGGCCUGAUUGUGAGGACAGCACAGAGGAAGUCAAGGAAGGUAGAAAUAGCCAUCCCCCCACCAGCCUGCCUACCCCUGCCAGCACCCGGAUCCUUAGAAAGUAUUCCAACAUUCGAGGAAAACUCAGAGCCCAGCAGCGACUAGUCAAAAGUGAGACCAGGGAGGGCCCGCAGGGCUCAUCUGUGGACAGUAAGGAUGGGAAGAGUCGAAAGAGCGUAUGCAUCAACCCUUUGAUGUCCCCCAAGCACGCCCUUCAGGUGGGUGCAGAUGGCUUUCCUGUUAACCCCAAGAGUGCUAAAAGAAUCAAGAGAAGGAAAGGGAGGCAGGUGCCUGAAAUCUCGCUUAAAGGGGAAGGCCAGAAGAAACGCAGGCGAACUGAAGGCGGCAGCACUCAGGAAAGUAAGGACAAGGGACCAGCAACAAAAGCUAGCAAAGAAAAGCAUGUGGAUGCAGCCACUAGAACCCUUUCUGCCAAGAAGCUAGCCGCAAGGGACAGAAUCAACCAACUCCCCAAAAAGAUAAACUUGAAAGAGAAUAAAGUAAAGAUUCGCAAAAAGUCCUCCGGGAAGAGCUGUCCCUCAUCCCGGAAAGAAAAGGAGAGCACAAGCAAGAGGCCUUCACAGCCUGCCGCCUGUGAGUCACUGAAACCUGCCAAACAAAAGGGGGCAGGUGAAGCCACUUCAAGGCCCACAAAAGCCAGGAGCAGGGCCAGGAGCAAGGGUCGGAGCAGGGGCAGGAAGCUGAGCACCGGGAAGAGCCGGGUCAGAACCUUGACCAAAAGCCCAGACAACCGGACAGUCCAGAGAAAGAGAAAGAGAAAGAGAAAGCUGGACUCUGUUCAUAACAAACGGAGGCGGCUGGAUGCCAAGUGACAGAUGGAUGGCCACCGAGAGAUGAACUGUCUGUCCUGUAGAAGUAACCUUUUAUUUUGCAUUAACUAAAUCUGCUUUUAAUAAGCUUACCAGGCCUUUCAAAUUACGGUUCCAGAGUACACCACAGUUUGAGAUGUCAGAAAAGGCGUCUCAGGUGGAGAAGAGAACUUGCAGAGUUCUUCUCCUAGGCUAAGGGAAGUUAUAUAUGCUGGUUGUUCCUUGGGUUUUAAACUUGGAACCAAGUAGUUUUUGUUUUAAGAAGUACAGUGCCUUAUUUAUCCUUUUUGUUGUUAAAUUUACAAAAGCUAAAAAGCUGAUCUAUGUGAUGAAAGGCUUGUAUUUUAUACUUGAUGCACAAGCACUUGUACUGUAGUUGAGAAGACCACCACCAUGCACGAGCAAGGAGCCCGUCAGCAGCCGUCCUGCGCAUCUGUCCCCAGACAGGUGUCCCUUGCAAACCACAGCACAACUCCCCUCUCUGUCUUGUUUGGGUUUUGUUUGAGUGAUAUUUGAAAGCUAAACCAAAUCAUUUCUGUGGUAUGUGGAGAAUGCAGAGGAUUUAAAAUUAUGAGAGAUUAAUGUUUCUAUUACCUUCUUUUCAAAAAUCAUACGUUGUUAAUUACUCCCCCUUCCUUUUAAAGAAUCAUUUCAGAACAUGUCCUCUAAAUUAUGUGCCCGUUGGACAAAAGAUGUGUUAUAAGCAUCCAUUUUGAUUUUAUAACCUCUAGAAAUUAUUUGCCUCUCCAAAAUAUAUUACUAAACUUACCAUUCUCUUCAUUUUUGGCCUUGCUAACAUGCUAGCCCUCCAAUGAGGUUUUCUUCUUAUUUUGUUUAAAUUUCUUAUCAUUGUAAUCUUGUAGUUAUAAUUUGAUCACGAGGAUGAGAGUGACUGAUCUUCCUUCCUUUCUUACCCAGAGUACUUUCUUAUUCAGAGAAAGUGAAAAUGCUCUUUCUAGUGGCAGAAAAGCUUAGCAGAGUGUGCACACACGUGCAUUAGCAUUUGUUUGCAUGUGUUCACCAGCAGCAAACGUCUCCUGGUCCCAGUUUCACAGUAAAAUUCCUUCUUCCCUAUGUAGCGUAUCUAUGAGCUAAGUAACUAGCACAGGCUAAGUGGUUUUUAAGUGGCCUCGUAUGUCUGUGCACAUCCCCAUCACCGCUUUGGCAUCAGACUUGGAGAAGUGUAAGUCAUAUGGCAGUCAGGGCACACGACUGAGUAAAGUCAGCUGCUAAGGACGCUGCCAUGUGAAUGCACUUGUCUGCUGUGGUGUCCAUGCAGAGUGAUUAGUGCCAUCCUGGUGGUUGAAUGCUUGUCAUGUCCUUCAGAUCAUGUCACCCACCAUUCAUUCCAUGGAUCAAGUGAGAACUGCAAUAAUUAUAAGUUAUAUUUGCCUUUACUGAGUGGAGCCCACUGGCUUUACUCAGUGCCUAUGACAUUGCUCCAUUAUAAUGGUCUGUACUUGACAUUUCCAUUGGGCCCCUCUGCAGACCACCUACUUAUAAAGCUUAGAUAGCCUCUUUGGCACAUCUUGUCACUAAAACGGGCUUGUCUGGACAGCUGUCCUUAUUAUUAAAAGGUUUUCUACUUAAAGUUGUUUCAGAUCUUUUCAGGUAAAUGCAGAUAAUUUUUAUGCAAGUUAUGAUAAAACAGGCCUCUACCUUACUCUGCUAUAGUUAAUGAGAACUUCUGAUAAUGGGUAAGACUGGAGAAAAAGCAUUUGAAUCAUGAGGUAUUAACAGUUGUGUUGAAUUUCACAGAUAGUGAAAGCCAUUUUUGUUUUAAUAUUUCCUUUAGUCCACGAGUGUCCUUUUUCUCCCCUCUUUCUUUCUUUCUUUCUUUCUUUCUUUCUUUCUUUCUUUCUUUCUUUCUUUCUUUCUUUCCUUUCUUUCUCCCUUUCUCCUUCCAUGCCUCCCUCCCUUUCUUCUUCCCUCCUCCUCUCCUUGUCUCCUCUUUCUUUUUAUUAUCUCUAACCUUCAUCAUUCACAAGCUACCUAGCUUAAUGAAACUGCUGAGUAUGUACUGGCAACCCUUUCUCAGCAUUAAGUUGCACAGAAGCAUUAAUAUGUUUGGAAUAGGUCCAUUUAAUGUUAAAUGUGGUUUUAAGGUUUAAAAGAUACCUUUUCAUCUAGUUGUCACUGGAUAUUGUUUUUGUAGUGACUCAGACAGCUGGUGCUUUCCAGUGUCAGGUAUGCUGAUUCCUGUACAUGAGGUAUUCUUGGCUGCUUAUAGACUAUUUUAUAAGGUGCUUGGAUUGAGUUAGGGAGGAGGAGUAAGCUAAUGAGUUGGUAGAACUUUUUUGGUUCCAAGCUUACAAUUCAUUCCAUUACUUUUAUGAUUGUGUUCAUUUUUAAUGGUUCACCUCAAUCUAAUUGGUUGCAUUUAAGGAAGUUGGUGUGAAUGUGUCUGUUAUGUCCCUAGUGGCAGUGAAUCGUCUUUAAGAUCAACCUACACUUGAUAAUAAUGACUACAUUUAAAUAGAUGGCAAGUCUAAAGAUUAAGACACUUGAAAGUUUUAGAAUUAUUUCAUAUUUAUUAAAUCUCAAUUUUGCUGAUUCAUUUAAUUUUGUUUAUAGAAGAAGGAAAACAAAAGCAAAACUUGAGGCCCAACUCUAGCAGGCCCUUUUGCACCUACAGUAGAUACUGGAAAAGCUGCCUCCCAGAUAGGCCUGGUCCCAAGCUUUGGCCUUAACUCCAGUCUCCCUUUGUUUUCCCUCCUUUGCAACAAUCUCCUUCCUAUAGUCAUUUUCAACUAUGGCUUGUCACUGCGUGCAAAGGCAGUGUGACCCUCAGUCUAGAUCCAGAUCAGAAUGGUAUUCUGCUUCUGGCCUACACUCAGUGAAGUGACUGUCUCAGUGCUUGAGCUGAAGUUGAUAACCAGAGGACUGAUGUUCCCUCUUAAUCUCAGAAGCCGCUAGAAGUGGCUUUAGUCAGUCUCUGCUAUAGCUACCCUAGAACCCAGGUCUCCCUGGGAAACCCAUUUUCUUUCCGUGAGGCUCCUUAGUGUGAGGCUGCUCCCUUACUGGGGGGCGGCAGAGCUUCACCCUUGAGAUUUCCUCAGACAGGUCCUGCAGUACCACAGGAAGACCUCAAAUCCUUCCCUGCUCCUAGGGCUUCUUGCAUAGGAAUGUUAUUUGUGCCUAUUAUUCCAUAGUUGCUAGCCCCUGGGAUUCUCUUGGUUUUUUUGUUUGUUUGUUUUGUUUCUUCCUCUGUUUGUUUUUUGAGUGAGGAGGGAGGGUUGGAAUUCAUUAUUAAAAGCAUCUACAUAGCCCUAUCUAAAAGAAUAAUUGGCUGUGGAUUUUAUGCCCUGUUCAGAGAGAGGAGAUGCACUUAGUCAUCCCUUUUUCCUGGAAUCCUGCACGCCACUUCUCACUGUGCACAUGGGGUCAUAAGAAGACGUCACUGUAAGACAGCUACUUUGCAUUGAGAUGUUGUCUCUUUCCAGCCUUGUGAUGAAUUCUGAGAUGAAGGAGCAGCUGUCACUCAUUUAUGGGCAGCACUUUUAUUAAUUAGCAGAUCUAAGCAUCACAUAGGAAAGGACAACAUGCUUGUGUUGUGAGGUGGGGAUACCAGUGUUACACCAGCAGCAAGUCUGCAACAACACCGAGGAUGGACUAAAUAUCCCCCAAAGCUGGCCAGUAGCCAGGGAGCCAUCCCUUUGGUUUCAGGUCAGCCAGUGCAGGCUGUCAUUUAACUCAGAUUAUCUGUCAAGGACAUGAAAACUGAACUGGCCUCUGGUGUGUGUAAAUAAAGUUUUGUUGGGACAUAACUACACCCAUUUGCUCACUGCUUGUCCAUGGAGCAGAUUGAAUACUUGCAGAAGUGGCCAUAUGGCCCACAAAGCCUAAAAUAAUUACUGUCUGGAUCUUUUAAGAAGCUGAGAAAACAAUCCCUUUCAGGAAGAGCUCAUCCCUGGUUGCGCUUUCUUCGGCCUCAUAUUCCUUGUUCUUUAGUCUACCUCCUCCUUAUCUCAGUUCUUUCUUAUGGACGUUUCUCUUCCCUCUUGCUUCAAAAGGCAUGCCAUCCUCUUAAACAAGCAAUCUCUCUAGCUCACCCUCCACAGUGUAGCUGCCUUAGCCUAUAGACUGGAACCUGUGAGCAAAUUCUAAAGUUAUGUGGUGUGGGCCUCCCAUUUCACUCCCAUACUUUAUAAUCAUAGAUACUCUGGCUUCGCUUCUUGUCCACUAAAAUAAAUCAAGAAUUUGAUUCUGAUAAAAUUAGUUGAGAAUAUUUUUGUACAUUUAGUCCUCUGAGCAUCCCACUUAGGUGGGAAACAAAGUUUUUCAUAACAUAGAAACAAAGACUGGUAUCAAAACUGAAGCACCAUAAUAUGUUACCUUUGAUAUGUUUUCAGUCACAUAUUUUCAGUGUGUGUGUGUGUGUGUGUGUGUGUGUGUGUGUGUGUGUAUUUUUUUUCCCCCAGCUCUGUCUGACCUGGAAUUCACUAUGUAGUCUCAGGGUGGCCUUGAACUCAUGGUGAUCCUCCUACUUCUGCCUCCCUAGUGCUGGGAUUAAAGGCGUGUGCCACCAUACCCAAUUCAAAAUAAUUUUAUGAAAGGCAGACCAACAAAAAUGUUUGAGAUGCCUUAGAAAAGAAUAACAACAAAAAAAGAGCAUUUUAAACCUGAGUAUGACCAAGAAAUACUUCCAGGUGUUGUUUUCCCCUUUCACAAAAAUUCAAGAAUAAGUUUCUAUGCUAUAUUCCAAAAUGAAGUUGAAUCUCAUGUCAAUUAUUUUUUUAUUGAUUCACCUUUUUUUGUCAUUGGCCCUUAAGCAUGAGCAGUGCUGGUGACUGAACCCAGGGCCUUGCACUCUGCCACUGAGAGCAAGCCAGCUCAGUUAUUUUGAAUUCUUAGUUGUUAAAGUAUAUUUUACAUGAUUUACUUUCUACUCUCUAUAAAAUCACAUCAAUGUAUGCUACCUUGCCAAGUGGUGGUCUUCAUAUCCUAACAGUAAGUACUUCUCCCAGGUUUGCCUCAAAAUCCUUUUCUUUUUUUUGGCGGGGGGAGAAUCCCCAGAUCAUUGUGCUUAAAAUCAGCAGAGCUAGGGAAAACUUUUUGAGAUAGCCUUUGUCUACAAGUGGUGGGUUGGCAGCUUGAGGGCCAGCCUCUGCUCAUCUUCCUGGCGCAAGCUUUCCAGCGCCGCUGCUCUUCAUCCGGGCCACCACCUCGAGCGCUUUGUGGAGGUGUCUUUGUUCAUGCUUUUGUUUGUCUCCAACUAGAGGUGGUCAGCUCCUUUUAUUACCUCCUCUGCAUUGGAUUGGCUUUUCCUCACGCUUUGGUGGACACAGCCUUUGCUCUGUCCUGCAGACUGACCACCAUGCAGACCCGAGGAAACAGAUACUGAAUCUUUCUUAUCUGAUGGAACUCUUGUUUCACAGGAUAUUCAGUUGGCAAACCACAUGAAAGUAGUGACUGCUUAAACUGGCAGCUGGGUGCCUGUGGUCUUAUAGUAGACUAGAGGGUACAUGAAUGGAUUUUUACCUUUCUUGAAAGGAAUAAUAGAAAUAAAACAAUUGUCUAUAUCCAGUUCACAUUGCCUGACCCUGUGAGGCACAAGUUAACUGAUGUUUGCAAGUGUCAUUCACUAUCACGUUGUGUGGACAGGUAGGCAAAAUUUUCCUUUGUUCAUAAAGUCCAGCAUCACAACAAUUCUUUUAGGAUUGGCGGUCUUGUCUGAUCUCAGUACACAGCUGCUGCUCCACGUGAUUCCUGAUAAGUGCUUAUAUAUAAGAAGAGAAUGUCUUCGCUCAUGGAGUAUCUUAAAAAAUUGCAGACUCACCAUCUCUACUAGGAUAUGUAGUUAAAAGUGUAGUCUUUUAAAGUAAAAGUGCAGUCAUCGUCAUUUUCGUGAUUCAGAGCAAACUUGACUGUGGUAGAGAUGUUCCACUACAGCAGUCUUGACACAAGCUGUUUUCUAGUGAGCCUACAGCCUACAAUAGUGCCUCUCUCCCAAAGCACAGGGCCUGGUUUAGCCCUGUAGCUUUCCAUUUUUCUCCUGUUCUUAGGAUAUUUGCAGGUUUACCACUCACCAAGUUUUGGUCAUUAUUUGUGACUGGUCCUUGCUUGUCUGAACCUUGAAUCACAGGCCACAUAUUCUUGACAUACUAGUAUGUCAAUGAUACCUUGUCAGCAUACCAGCAGCUUUAGACAGAGCAAGUUCAGGGCACUCAGGUCUGAUCAGUGAGGCCUAGUCCUGGUCAGGCCUGAAUCGACUCCUCAUUGGUGACCGGUGGGGGGGUGGGGGGAACGACAUCCUUGCUACCUUGCCCUUCCUCUUCUACAGCUAUGCCAUCAGCAUCCUUCCAGGUGGCUUCUUCUCUGGGAUACUCCCAAGUGCUUCACUGAACACGUACAUGUCACAUGAGAAGUGUUUCUUCAUAACUAGUCUCCUCUAAUGUUUAGUGGCUGGGGCCAAAUGCCAUUCAGUGAUCUUUUAACCACUCCAGUUGUUUUCCAUGCUGUGCACUUCAUGCUGUGUUGUAGCUAAGGCUGUAUGUAGUGUUUGGAAACUACUUUGUGGUAAAGAUAACUCUACAGAUUAGAUUUGUAUAAUUUUGAAUAUUUACACCACCGAUAGGGAUUGUUGUGAGAGCCACUAUCUUAAGGUUAUUGAUUUCACUGGUGGUUUCUACAUUCGGAGUAGUUCUAGGGGAUAUCAGUGACUGAUUUCAGAUGUAAAGAAUGCAUAUUUAUAUAUACCACUGUGGAAUUUACUUCACUGUGUAAAUAGUGAUAUUUUCCUGUUCAAAUGCUUCUAUACAAAGUAUUUAUUUUAACAGAAUAAUUAACUGUCAAAAGGGCUUUUCAAAAAUUCUUCUUGCCAUCUGUCCUCCCCAAAACCCAUGCUCAACGAUUGAACCCCUAAGUAGCACAAUAAAGACAAAAGGGUAUGGCCUUGAAACCUCUACUAUUUGGGGGUAGAUACAAUGUAGAUUGGGAAACAGCAUUGCUCCCCAUUUCACCCCAUCCCAAAACAAGGUGGGACCCUAUAGGGGUGUUGCCCCAUGGCCCACUUUUUGUCCAUACCAUUGGUACAUUCAGCUGUUCAUUUCCAUGGCUUGAGCAGGGAAAUGAGCCUUAAUUGUAACCCCAAGGAAAUCAACUCAUGCCUGUGGGAUGAGGAGAAGCCACUGUGGUUCCCGAUGACAGGAUCAACAGUGUGUCAUUCUCCAAGGCUUAGGAGAGGCAGCCCUCUCAUGCUUACCCAUAGGAGACAUGUCAACUUCUGCACCUUGGCAAAACUCGGAGGCACCUUGGCUUGCUUCCUCUCCCUUUCUCAUGGAGUAUUUGUUCUGUGGGCCAUUCCCACCCACCUGUAACCCAUGGUUACAGAACGAGAUUUGUGUGUUCUAAGAUAAUUCAAUUUCUCAGGAGUCCUGGUCUGCAAUUCAGAGCCCCCUAGAUGUCAUAAAACCAAUGCUGCACGCUCUUUCCCCUGUGCCUCAUUCAUGGGCAUCCUGUCUGUCACCGUCUCACUCUGCCCAGGUGGUUAGACUGAGCUGCAGCUCCAGGACUGCAGGGAGCUUGGGGACAGGUGUGCAGGGAUUACUGUCUCCCGUUUGAACCAUAGUUUGCAUAUUUCCUUCUGGCCUCCCUUUGUCUUGUCUAAGUGAGUAAGAGGACACUUGAACAGUAAUGCUGGAGAAUGUUUUUCUAAGAUACUGUUUGUAAGCAAAUCUGAUUUUAAGAUAAAAUGUGAAUGGGAAACUAGGUGCCAGGGAAUUUAGCACUGAACUAGACAGUCAAAACACUUUUUUAACUUUUGCAGAAAGAAUUAGAUUUUGUUCUCACCCAAAUGUUCACACGAUGUAAUGCUGUAAAUAGUUUUCUAAAAAUAUUUAUUAAUGUGCUGUAUACAGAUUCAUGUUCUGAGUGAUGUUGAUUUGCAUUGUAUUGUAGAAGAAUAUAUUUUAAGCAGUGAACUUCUUUUCAUUACACAGUUCACUCAUGGAGAAUAGAAACCAGCAGGUUGAGAGCUGUUUGGGGCAUUUGAUCUGUAAUGUACCAUCCAGUCCAAGCUUUAAUGGCCCCUUCUUCUCAUCUGGUUAUGUUAUAUAUAUUAUAUAUAUAUAUAUAUAUGUAUACAGUGUACAGUAAACUGGUCAGUACCCAGGUCUGCAGAGCAGAUACCCAGGUGUUCUUUCUGAUGUGUUUCCAUAGCAAUAAGACCCCAGGUGCUGACAUGUCCUGUUGUCUCAGAGGAUCGGGUGGGGGUAGAACAGCUCUUGUGAAGCCUCUUGCCUUUGCUGGAGAGGCUGCUUUACUUGAAUUUUUGCUUCUGUUUGUCUGCAGGCUCCCAUGUCACACAACUCCAGCAGUGGAUGAGAAAUCCACCAGCACCAGACACAUCGAAAGUGCGGACAUGUAAAUCAAAACGUUAGCCAUUUCCCAGGAACUCGUAAAGCGUGUGUAACCUAGAUGAGGCAAAGCCCAUUUGGCCAUAGAAUCAGUGUAAGAAAUUUUUACCCAGGAGACAUAAGUGACCUUUUAAAUGUCUCUUGGCCCUAUCUGACUCACCUUUAGAAGCCAGCCCAUGUCCUGCCAGCCUCCUCUGUGCCUCAGCUGGGGGUGUCCCUGCCUUCAGUGUCUGGUUAGGCCCUGCAGGUCAGUGGAAAGAGGCAUCACUGUGUCUCCCAGCAUGUCAGCUCAACAGUUGGGCGGCCUCCCCUGUGACUGUCCUAAACUUGGUGAAGAAGAAAUACCCCGACACUCAGAUAACCAUUGAUAGAAGUAAUGUAGUUUUUUUAGGCUUUUGGAAUAUAUCUUUUUGUAUUUAUGAUGGUGUUCAGGAUUUUUCACUAGUAUUUUUUAGAUUGAAGUGGGUGCAUUAGGAUAAAACUUUCCAUUGCUGAGCCUGGAAGCAAGCAGAGGGAAGAACUUGACCUGUAUUGUGUCGUUGGGGAGGUGACUACUUAUGUGGGGGCGGGGGAUGGGGUUGUAGAUUAUGUGGGGUGAGACAGAAAUUCUGCCCUGGAUUCUGAAGUCUGAUAUUUUGUAGUAAAAAAGAUCCCCUUAUUAGCCUCAAUCUCAAUAUAAGCCUGCUGUUUACCCUCAGGGAACAAGUGGUUUUCAAAUUUGAGCUCCUCCAAGGUCAUUGACCAUUGCCUGUGUGCAUUGGUCAUCUUUGUGAACUCAUGGCACUAUUUUCCCAUAUGCAUUAUGAUACUAAGAAAUUCAAUGAGUAUUAAAAGCACAGUCCAGGGUCCUAAUUUAGGCUAGCGUUGAUGCCUUUGAGGGGCCAGGGGGUCAGAGGAGGCCCAUGCAAUUUAACCGAAGCUCAGGGGCCAUGUUGGAUUUUUCUUCUUUUUAGGCCAUGACCCUUCAGCAUGAGUUUAGGGCAGGGGCUGCUGGUCCAGCUGUGGAUUCAGGGAGCUCUGUAAUGAAUCUACCAUUCCUUUAAAGGGCUUGCUGGUUCCUCCCAGUGCUGUCACUGCUGAGGUCAGUCUCGGAGGUCUCUGCUGCCCUGUGAGUCUCAGCCAGUGCUGCAGAUGCCCGAGGGCAGGGCCUGCAGAGGACCAUGUCCCUCCCGGGUACUGUGCAGGCUCCUAGCCUGUGUAAAGCUGGUCUUCCCAAACCAGAGAGAUGAGAAAAACUGCAAGUGGUCACCUGGAAGAUUGGCACACGUCUCUUGGGCCUGGAUUUCCACUAUGUUAGUGAGUGUAGGAAAAUACUGUGUCUUUAAUGGAUGAAAAUUCAAUGUAUGCUGUGAAUUUGUUGGUUUGAAACAUUGAAAAUUUUUCAUUAGACAAUGUUUACAUACCUCACCUGAAGAACCUUUGAGAGUGUAUAUAUAAAAUUUAAAAAUAUAUUAAGUUGCUUUAAAACAAUAUGUAUAGCUAUAAAAGUUGGAGUUAUUUUAACUUUGAAUAUGUAUCAAGUCUCUUAAAUAUUGGAGUCCUGUAGAUUUUUUGUGCUUCUGUGUUUGACUUCCUUUUAGGCCACAUAGGAAACCAUGUUCUUGUCAUUGGUGAAGGGCCUGCACUGAAACCCAAGCUUGGAAGGAUUUCCUGUGUUGAGAUUUUCUGGUUUGGUUUUGAGGGAAUGGGGUAUGGAGCUAGAGGAUGUGUGGGAGGGGUUUCUCUAACAUUGACAUCUAUUCCAUGAGCUUUUCCAAGGCGCUUAUUUUAUUGCAGCGUAUUAAAUUUCUUUGAUAUUAAA